AUGGCCAGUUAAUAAACAUUCUGUAAUCGGAGUCUUUCAUGUUAAUUGUACCAGUUUCAGUGAGUCACGCAGCAGAAAUGAAAGUGAAAGCUGAAUGUGACUCCCAGGAGACAUAAGUAUAACAAUGACUGCAGUAUACACAGUGCUGGCCUGUUACUGAAUAGGAACUAAUAGCUGAGAAACAGAGAGACCGAUAUGAACACCCAGGCCCCAGAUGAUGGUGAAAAUCCACAUAAGAAAAAUUCCAUGGCCUCUAAAAAGUCAGCUGAUCAAGAUAGUGAUUUUUCUAUUGACGACCUUGUGGAGAGAAUGAAAAGUAUCUCCCUAGAGACUUCACCAGAAGAAGACAAAGGAACUUUGUUUCGAAUACUGCUUGAUGAAUUAGGAAUGAGCCAUUAUGAAAGUUCCAAGCUGACCCUGAAGAAUGUUCUUGAAGUUGGACAUGAAAAUAUACAAAGAAUUGAGUGUCAGACAGUAAAAGAUUUUCCUUGGUAUUUUCUGUGGAAGUUGAUGGCCCUUAGCCCUGCAGCGAGGUGUUUGCGUGUUCCAUAUGAAGGCAUCAAGUCAGAGGAAAGGAAUUUAGAUGAAGAUGUAGAAGCUUCAAACAAUACACCUUACUCUGUCCAUCCACUUGACGUUCUUUGUGUUCUACUGCAUUGCUCAGACCCUUGUUUACAGCAAGAAAUGUUAUCAAAAAUGUGUUUGUGUCAGUUUGCUGUCCCUCUACUGCUUCCUGCUGGUGAUGGACCUGGUUGUACCUAUAUGUUGUGGGCGAUGAGGGGUAUUGUGAAAAGAUGGAGACCCCAAUCAUCAAAGGACAUGAAAGAAUUUUGUGAAGAUAACUUGGUGCACAUAAAAAUGCCAAUGUUCUCUUUUACGAGGCUAGGAAAAUGCAAUUUAUCAAAGUCACACAUUCUCAAUCAGCUUCUCAGCCUACCUCAUCAGGUCCAAGAGUUUUUCCUGCACAGAGAAAUGGAAAGUGGGUAUACUUUACGGAAAAUCUCAGAUGGGUUAGUGGAAAUUUCUUGGUAUUUUCCAGGAAGCAGUGAUAAAAUGAACAUUUUCAAAGAACCCAUUGCUGUUGCUAAUAUGAGAGGGGACCUGCAGUCUGCGUUGGAGCAGUUUAAAUUUUUAACCCGAGUAUCUUCAUCUGUGUUUAUAUUUACAGAGAGUAUUAGCGAGAGAGAGUAUGAAUUCUUAUCAAAGAUUGAAGAUAGGUAUACAAGAAUUAUUAUUAUUGUACUUUCUUCUGAACCUGUAAGUAAGGAGACAGAAGAACACAUCAAACUGUUACAGAACAAAAAGAGGAUCAAUAUCUUCAAAAAGAAAAACUCAGUUACUGACAGAAAAUUUGUAAAACUAUUAAUUCAUGUAAUAGAGCAUCUUAUGCAGAAUGAUUCAGAUCUCAUGAAUUUAGAGGAAAUGUCUAAGGAAGCCAAAGAAUUUGGGAUUAACGUAGAUGAAGCAUCUGAAGAGAUUAAGGAUGCUAAAGUUCUUGCCCAGGAGAUCACGGGUAAUAUAAAAAGUGUUGCUCAAUAUAAGAAAAACACUAUGAGACUUCAUGGAAAUUUAUGGAAAAAAAUAUCCGGAAUAGAAAAAGAAAUGUGCAGGAUGAGGAAACAGGGGAAGAAAAAUGCAGAAACAUACAGAGCCAAGCUUAUGAAAACAUAUUCUGAACUGCGUGAGAAACAAAAUGCACAUGCAUUUCCAGAUGAUAUGCAGACAUUUACAGAUGGUAUCACAAGACAUAAACUUUUAUUCCUAAAAACAAUGAUGUUUUAUAUUGACGCAAUCACGAGAGACAAUCUUCAUUCUCUGCACAAAGAGUACAGAGAGAGUUUUUACCAUUUCCCAGGAGAUACAGACAGACUAAAGGAGAUAGAUCUGAGGAUACGGAAAAGUUCUUUGGGAGCUGAACAUUUUUUGCGUGAAUUGGGACAGUUUUAUGAGGCUAAAUAUUUAACAGCCAAAGAUAGAAAAAUAACAGGUAAAUAUACAAAAUUUCCGGCAAUAGUGGCUGAGCUCUUUCUGGAUGGAUUCCCUUUAGAGCUCAUAGAUGGAGAUGUCUCCAACAUACCCAUACAUUGGAUAACUGAUAUCCUUUCAGAGUUGGACAGUAAGACAGGAGGAAGAUGUAGAUUGAGAGUAAUCACUGUACUAGGAGUGCAGAGCACAGGGAAAUCCACCCUUCUCAACACCAUGUUUGGAUUGCAAUUACCUGUCAGUGGUGGACGGUGCACAAGAGGAGCUUUCAUGACUCUGCUCCAAGUCAAAGAUAAACUUCAGAUUGAGCUGGGAUGUGAGUUUAUUCUAGUGGUUGAUACUGAAGGACUGAGGUCUCCAGAGAUGGCUUCUCUUGCGGGCAGCUAUGAACAUGACAAUGAGUUGGCAACUCUUGUUGUUGGGUUAAGCGAUAUCACAAUAAUCAAUAUGGCCAUGGAGAAUACAACAGAAAUGAAAGAUAUUUUGCAACUUGUGAUCCAUGCAUUUGUUAGGAUGAAACAAAUAGGAAAGAAGCCAAACUGCCAGUUUGUCCACCAGAAUGUGAGCGAUGUGUCUGCUUAUGAAAGGAAUUUGAGAGACAGGCACAAGCUGCUACAGCACCUAAAUGAAAUGACACUAAUUGCAGCAAGAAUGGAAAAAAAGAGCCAAAUAGCAAUGUUCUCAGAUGUUAUAGAUUAUAACCUUGAAGAACAUACUUGGUAUAUUCCAGGCAUGUGGUACGGUGUCCCACCCAUGGCUUCGGUUAACUCCGGAUACAGUGAUGGUGUGUAUGACCUAAAGCUAAGUUUAAUUUCCUAUUUGCAAUCAGCUAGCAUAAAAGCUCAGACAAUACCAGAAUUUACUGAGUGGAUUAAAAGCCUGUGGAAUGCAGUGAAACAUGAGAAAUUUAUAUUUAGCUUAAGGAACAGCUUAGUUUCUGAAGCUUAUAACCAGCUAUGCAUGCAUUAUACAGGCUGGGAAUGGAACUUCCAGAAGUCAAUGCAUAGCUGGUUCAAAGAAAUGACAUUUUUUAUAAAGAAUCUACCAGCAGACAAGGUGAACAGAAAAACAUGUAAAAAAAUAAAAGAAUGCCUGAAUAGGAGAUUAAGAGAAGAAGAGACAAUCAUGCUAGAAUCACUCAAAGAAUUUCUUCACAGUGGGUGUGACAAUGUGCAUCUUUUGGAACCAUUUAAAACUGACUUCUCCAGGAGUGUGAAGUAUCUCAGGAAGACACAAGAAAUGUCUUUAGCUACAAAAUUUGAGGAAGUAUUUCACGAGCAGAAGGAGAAAUUCAAAUUCCAAAAAGUGUUGGAUCAUUUCAAUCAGAUAAUGGCAGACAGAGUUACAACUAUUAUUGAGAUCGGUAGAAAUACCACAUGUAAAACUGAUGAUCAUCAACUAAAGAGGGAAUUUGAAGAGAUGUGGGAAAAAACACUAGAGGAUGUGACCAUGUCAAAUUUUUUGGCACGUAACAUAAACCAGGAAAUCCUUCAUCAUAUUAAGCUUUUGUAUGGCUCAUCAAAUCCAGAAUUGCUUACUCUGAAUAGUUUAGAAGAAUUUAGCAACAGUAAAUUAUAUUCACAGAAAUAUUUUAGUCCAGAAUAUUUUUUCCCCAGUUGUAUAAUAAACAAAUGCCGUGGGUACAUUGCAGAAAUUGUUAACACAAAAGAGUAUUAUGAUGAAAUUUAUUCUCAGGAACUUCUCCAAAUGAUACGGGAAGGAAUGAAGAAGAACCACACUGGUGUUCUUCAAGAUGAGCCUUCACUGCAGUUGGACCUAGUGUUUUUUAUCGUCAAGGAAGCAGCACUAGAAUUCCAAAGGAUGCACAAUGAAUUUCUUAAAAAGAACAAUCCAGGUCCCAGUUUAAGAAAUCUCAAGGACCAUUAUUAUUACAUAUUUGAAAGUAUUUAUAGAGAAAAAGAUGAGUGCCUGAAAAGGGCAAAAUAUUUCUGCAAGCUUUGCCUAGAGCCGGCGAUCAGCCAACAUAUUUUUGAACAUACUGGUGGCAUGAUAAUGAGUGAUAUUUUGCAUAGAAAAGAUGCACUAGAAUUCAAGAGUCGAACUGUAUUUCAGUUUAAGGUCCUUCAAAAUCUCUUAGAACAUAUGUCCUUCCAGUGGUAUCUGAAUUACCUUGAUAACUAUGAGAGCUUUGCUAAAACUUGGAUAGUGAUGUACAUUAAGCAUCAAUACAAAGACAUGAAAUGCAGUCGAAACUUGCAGAUUGAGAUUCUUAAAUCCAUAAUGAAGACAGUUAGAUGGGCUCUUGAAACUGUGUCGAAAGAAGAGAAGGAAAAUGUUCUAGAUUUUGUAGACCAUUUUUGCAGCCUGUUAAAUAAGGACUUAGCAAUUGAGAAAAAAUAUUUACAGCUGGUAAUUUUUCAAAGCAAAGUAAACUCUUCCGAGUUUUCAGAGCACAUUCAAUUCUUUUUGAAUGUUAUGGAAGAGAAAAUCAGUAUGGAAAUUCAAGAAUUGGAUAUUGACACCAUACUUUCUCAAAUCACACUUAAGCCUCAAGAUGAACUGCUUAAGAAAGUCAUAGGGUGUGGAAAGCAAUGCCCGUUCUGCAAAGUGCCUUGUGAGGCUGCAACUGCUGACCAUAAGGAACACUUUGCUUCUCUUCACCGACCAAAGGGUCUAGCUAAAUGCAAUAGAAUAAGUAACAUAGAGGCCCUAGAUUACUCAAUCUGUUCUACUGAUAUCACCUCCAAUGACAGUUUUAUUUCAGAAGAGACAGACUUCAAGCCCCAUCCUUACAAAGAUUACCGUACAUGUUACCCAGACUGGAUUAUAUAUCCUGAGAUAAGUACUACCUGCACAGAUUACUGGAAAUUUGUUUUCAAGGAGUUUAAUGAACAAUUUGCAGAUGCAUAUUGUACAAAACCAGCAGAUAUUCCAAAAGACUGGCAGAAUAUCACACAAGAGAAAGCUCUACACAGUCUAAAAGAGUCAUUUAGAGUCAAAGAAUGGUUAGAGUACUACUAAUUCAAUAUAGAACAAUAAAAGGUAUGGGGCACUCUGGAACCCACAUGCAUAUCUGGCCAACAAUAUUAGACAAUGGUUUCAAGCUUACGUGUUUCGUAUCCAUGUGACACUUAGGGGCAGAUUUAUCAAGGGUCGAAUAGUAAAAUCAUAUUUUCAAGGGUCAAAAUUC